AUAUUUGAGUCUGUAGAUUGCUUAAUUGUUGUUUGGUUUAAGUUGUCAUGGAUGAUUAUACACUUUCAUUUUCCAUCACCAGGAAAAGUCUUCUGAUUGUGGCAAUAGUGACAACCGUAUCUGCAUUUCUGAGUUCCUUUUCUCCAAACUAUAUAUCACUGCUCAUUCUUCGUAUGCUGGUUGGAACUGGUCUGGGUGGUGGGCCUGUAUAUGGAUCUUGGUUUCUAGAAUUCGUGCCUUCUCGAAAUAGGGGCAUGUGGAUGGUUAUCUAUUCAACUUUUUGGACAAUUGGAACAAUACUUGAGGCUUUAUUGGCUAUGAUUAUCAUGCCAAGACUAGGUUGGAGGUGGUUAUUGGCUUUAUCGUCUAUACCAUCAUUUGCAGCACUUCUCUUGUACAUAUUUACAGUAGAGUCUCCUAGAUAUCUAUGUGCCGAAGGUAGAAUAAGUGAUGCACAUGAUAUUUUGAGGAAAAUAGCUGUUGUCAAUCAGACAAAACUUCCCCCUGGGAUGCUUGUUUCUGAUCAAGUGACACAGCUGGAUGAGGAAGAGGAAUUGCUUAGGCCGAGAGCAAACAAAAUCUUCAAUUUUAAGACAGGAUUGUCUUCAUCCCUGAUGCUUUUAUCCCCACAAUUACUACGAAUUACCCUCCUCAUGUGGGUGGUUUAUUUUGGAAAUUCAUUUGCCUAUUAUGGCAUUAUAUUGCUGACAUCACAGUUCAGUGCUGGGGAAAAUCAAUGCUUCUCAGUUGCUUUGCAUGUGAAAAAUGAUACAAGCCUCUAUACAGACGUGUUCAUCACUAGCCUUGCUGAGCUUCCUGGGCUUCUUAUUUCAGCUGUAGUGGUGGAGAAAGUUGGUCGGAAAUAUUCAAUGGCCCUGAUGUAUAUCAUGGGGUCCCUUUUCCUUUUUCCACUUGUUGUACCUCAGAAUGAGGCAUUAACAACAGCAUUGCUAUUUGGAGCUCGUAUCUGGUUCUUAGGGACCUUCACCCUUGCUGGUGUUUAUUGUCCAGAGAUUUAUCCAACCUCAGUGAGAUCAACAGGUUGUGGAGUUGCAAGUGCUGUGGGGAGAAUUGCAGGGAUGGUCUCUCCUAUAGUUGCAGUGCAAUUGGUUAGAGGUUGCCACCAGAUGGCUGCAAUCAUUUUAUUUGAAGUGGUUGUAAUUUUAUCAGCAAUUAGUGUUCUGCUCUUUCCAGUUGAGACCAAGGGGCGUGAACUUGUUGAUCAUGUCUCUCUGUAGGAAAUUGCAUACCAAUUUUAUGUUAAUGUGCUCUCCACAUUGGAGAGAAAUCUAUUGAAGAUACAGCUCUCUAAGUCAUGUUGCAAUGGUAUGGUAAGUUUCAGCGUUAACGAGUCAAAUUUGGUUAAUCAUGUAAGAUCUUAUAUUAUCAAUAUAUAUAAGCUAAAUCUGUUUGUAUUAUUAAUUGGGAAAACAAAU